AUGGCAAAGAAGUCCCAAAGACGCCCUGCGCGGUAUGAGAAAGAUAAGUCAGGCUGUAUGUGGGGUUUUAUUAGUAUGUUUGAUUUUCGCCAUGGUCACUCUACUAGGAAGUUGAUUGCGGAUAAGAGACGAAGCAGCAAGCACGCUGUUGGUGUUGUACAUUCUAAGAACAGGUUUGAGAUGUUGAGCAACUUAGAUGAAGUUUGUCAAGGAAGUUCUGAUAGAGGAGAGAGUAAAAGACCAACAGUGACAACUGCUGCUAAUAAGCCUAGUGUGAAGAAACUCAUAGAAGAAGAGAUGUUCACUGACCAAAGUGCAAUGAAGGAUAUAGAUAUUGCUGGAGUAGAAUCAAAGGAAUCCAGAUUAAGGCGUGAAACCCUCCUGAAGUUAGAUUCCCAAAGAAAAAAGAAAUCUUACAAGAAAAACCGUGAUAUGGACACUGAUGAUUUAAAUUUGGAUGCAACCUUGAAAUCCAAAGUCUCACAUAAUCAGCACUCAAGGAAGCAAUCUAAAGAUAAUCUUGAUCUGGAUAAGAUAAUUGAAGAGUUUUGUCAUCUAAAAGGUGCUUGUUCCAUGAUGCAUGGCAACGAUGGAGAAGUAAAAGUUCAUGCACAAUCAAACCAGAAGCAUGCUAUUUCUGAAAACAAUGCAAGAGAUGCAAUUCGCGAAUUUGUGAAUCAGAUGAUAUUGAAUGGCAAAGAUCUCACAGAAGCUAGAAAAUUCCUUUGUUCCCAUGAACUUAUGGAAGCACUUCAGCUUACAAGUUCAGAUAAGGAAUUGUUUCUUACACUUCUACAAAACCCAAAUUCACUCCUAUGGAAAUGUGUUCAAGAGUUUGGGAAUUCUCAGGGGACAAAUGACAGAGAAUAUAGUUGUGUUCCUGGUUCCAACUUUUCUGAACAAGAUCAUGGAAACGUGGAACAAACUACGGAGAUUGUGAACCACAAGAAGCACAACUUUUUCAGGAAAAAGGUGAAGUCUCAAUCAAAAGGUCCAACAAAUGAAAAUGGGAAUACUGACAUUUCAAAUAGAAUUGUUAUUCUGAAGCCUGGGCCAAUUGGCUUGCAAAAUUCUGAAUUUGGAAAAAACCUUGCCUCAUCCCUGGAUUCUCAUGAUACUGUCAAAUCCAAUGGUCCUUCUGUGAGAAGUAGUUCACAUUUUUCUCUUACAGAGAUAAAAAAUAAAUUAAAGCAUGCUAUGGGAAGGGAGAGACAUGGAAACCCUGAAGGCAUCUCAAAAAAGUACCCUGCUGAAUGUAAAAAUAAGGGACCCAGCAGCAAAGCCAUUGGUAAAGACAAUGUUGGAAUGAGAUCUCCUAAUAAAGAUCAUUUCUUCAUUGAAAAAAUUGCAAGACCUACAACUGGUGUUAUGAAAGGAGACAAGAUUGGUGGUGCAAUUAAAGAUUCUGAAUUGAUUGUGGAACAUGAAAAUGGUACUUAUCCCAAAAAAGGGGUUUCUAACUUAUAUAUUGAGGCUAAGAAACAUCUGUGUGAGAUGAUAGGUAAUGGAGAUGAGAACAUAGACUUGUCAAGUAGGCAGAUUUCCAAAACCCUUGGCAGAAUACUAUCUCUUCCUGAGUACAACUUUUCUCCCCUUGGCAGUCCUGGAAGGGUUUGGGAGCAUCACUUUGUGACUUCACAGACAAGAUUCUCUACUUCAGAUAAAAUUUUGGAGGCAAAUAAGGAUAAUUUGUCUCCCGCACAAGCAAGCUUUGUUGGUCAUUUGGAUCAGAAAACAGACAAUCCAGGGAAGCAGUCCAGCAUUUGUGAUGAAAGCUCUAAUAAUAAAGUACAAGAUAUUAAGUCUGACUCGAAUUUCUCAGAUGACCCUAGUCAUGUUGAUAAAGCGGAAAACGAUUGUCCUGUUAGAGAUGAAAUAGUUACUCAAGGUGAUGUAGAAUCUGCAAGAGAGAUAAAUAUCUUGGAACCUUCCUCAGAAUCAGUUGGCUUCGGUGCAGGAAAGGAGAGCAAAAACUAUUAUAUCUCAGAAAUUCCUGAUAGUGCAAGAUGUUCUCAAUGUUUGAAGCAGGAUGUAACUGAAGAAAACCAACCUUCAUCUCCACUGUCAUCCCCCUAUCACCCUUCCAUCACUAAGAAAAUUGAAGCGCUAGAAAGUGCUACUGAUGUAUCUGCGCGGCCGAGUCCUGUAUCUGUUCUUGACACAGCAUUCUUAGAGGAUGAUGUCAGCACCGGGUACUCCAGAUGUCAACCUGCUGAAGUACCAGUACUGCCACUACAUAUUCAAUUUGAAGAACAAGAUUCUUCACCUGUGAAUCAAAUCAAUGGAGCCAAAUAUUGUCUUGAGGAAAAUGAAUUGAUAUAUGACUACAUUAAAGCAGUCCUGCAAGCCUCUGGAUUGACUAGAGAUGAAUUGUUGAUGAAAUGCCUUUCCUCAGACAAGAUAUUAGAUCCUUCCUUGUUUGAUCAGGUAGAGUUCUUAUCAAACCAGCUUUGCCAUGAUCAGAAGCUCCUAUAUGAAUGUAUCAAUGAAGUUCUCAUGGAGGUUUGUUGGAAUUACUUUGGGGUCUCGCCUUUUGUAUCGUUCGUAAAUCCUAGCAUAAGGCCAACUCCAAAUAUGAAAAAGGUUAUUCUCAAGGUCUGGGAAGGAGUGUGCUGGCAUUUCCUUUCCUUUCCCCCACCAUGUACUUUGGACAAAAUUGUGAGGAAAGAGAUGGAAAAAAGAGGAUCAUGGAUGGACCUUCGAUUUGAAGCUGAAACAGUCGGUUUUGAAAUGGGUGAAGCCAUUCUUGCAGAACUGAUGGAAGAUACAAUAUUGAGCUGUGUAAGCAGAAGUCUAGAAAAUGAUUGUUCUCAGCUUCAAAUUGAAUAUGAGGACAACAAGAGCAGCAUCAAUGUGUAAA